CGCCCAGCGGCGUGUAUAUGGUUUAUCCACGGGACAACCUGGGCGGCUUCAACGUCUUCUGUGAUAUGGACACGGACGGAGGCGGCUGGACGUUAUUCCAGAGACGCCGAGACGGAAGCGUGGACUUCUACCGGGGCUGGGCGGACUACAGGACCGGCUUCCCUUCCAACCUGAACGGCGAGUUCUGGCUGGGUAAUGACAACUUGUACCGCCUAGCUGUGCAGAAAGGCUACCAGCUCAGGGUGGAUAUGGAGGAUGUGGAGGGAGAGACGCGGUACGCCGCUUACGACACGUUUGUCAUCUCACCUGAAUCACAGAACUACAAGCUCCACAUAGGGACUUACAGCGGUACUGCAGGAGACAGCUUGACGUACCAUGACGGGAAACCAUUCAGUACCAAGGACAGAGAUAACGACGAGUACUCGUCCAGCUGUGCUCAGAAGUACAAAGGUGCGUGGUGGUACAACAGUUGCUACCGCUCCAACCUGAACAGCCGGUACCACCUGGCUACUCAUGAGAGUAGCAGCAACGGAGUCCACUGGCACAGCUGGAAACUUAACUACUCCCUGAAGCGCACUGAGAUGAAACUCCGACCAGCUCCAUAA